UCACUGGGAAGAUUCUCACAUCAAUAAUACGAAAGGAUAUGUCAAAAAUAUAUGAACGUCCAUGAACACUUUUGUAAAUACACAAAAUUUGAACUUUUUUUUUUUGAAAAUUUGUAGAUCUCGCAAUUGAACUCUUUAUAAACCUUACCCUCUUGGUGUUCUUCCACAUUCAGCCCUUUCUCUAUCUUUAUCUCUCUGAGUAGAGUUUGGAAAUGCUUAGCAUUGAUAGAAUUAUGCCUAGUAAUAAUCUUAUCAUCUGGGUUCCUCUGCUUUUCCUCUGUUCUUCUCUAUUGCUUCUUAAAACCAUAAGAAAACACUCAAAACCCAACAACAAGCUUCUUCCUCCAACCCCUCCAAAGCUUCCUUUGUUGGGCCAUCUGCACCUCAUUGGCUCCCUCCCUCAUCGCUCUCUCUCUCAGCUUUCAAAAAAAUAUGGCCCCGUCAUGCUCCUCCAACUGGGCUCUGUCCCAACCAUCGUGAUCUCCUCUGCCGCCGCUGCAAGAGAGUUGUUUAAGUUCCAUGAUCUUGCUUCUUGCAGCCGACCUCCCUUACACGCCAACGGACGACUUUCGUACAACUAUCUUGACAUGAGUCUCGCUCCAUACGGUGAACACUGGAGGAACGUCCGAAAGAUUUGUAUGCUUGAGCUCUUCAGUGCUCGGCGGGUGGAAUCUUUUCAGGAAAUUAGAGAAGAGGAAGUGGGGCGACUUGUGAACUCCAUCUCUCAAUCCUCUUCUUCUUCAUCUCCAAUUGAUGUGAGUGAGAAAUCCUAUUCUCUCACUGCAAAUAUAAUAACAAGAGUUGCUUUCGGAAGCAUCUUCAGCGGAGGAAAACUAGAUGAUGAACACUUUCAACAUGUUAUGCAUAGUGCAUUAGCAGCAAUUGGAAGCUUCUCGAUGACCGAUUUCAUUCCUACUUUGGGUUGGAUUAUUGAUCGGUUGAAGGGUGUUCAUGGGAGGCUGGAGAAGAGCUUUGGUGAAAUGGAUGCCUUUUUUGAACAUGUAGUCGAGGAUCGUAUCAACUUCAAGAAGAGUUGUAAGAAGGAAGAAAACAUUGUUGAUGUUUUGCUGAGAAUGGAAAGGGAAAGCUCUGAAUCUGAUGCAUUAAAAGUCACCAAAGAUUGCGUUAAAGCACUCAUCAUGGAUAUUUUUCUAGCCGGAGUAGAAUCUGGAGCAGGCACUAUUGUUUGGGCCAUGUCAGAGCUAAUUAGGAACCCAAGGGUGAUGAAGAAGCUCCAAGACGAGAUCAGAAGUUGCAUAAAAAAAGAUUCAGUGAAAGAGAUGGAUCUGGAAAAGCUUGAGUAUCUAAAAAUGGUAGUGAAAGAGGUUUUGAGGUUACAUCCACCAGCCCCUCUUCUACUUCCAAGAGAAACCAUUUCCCCGUUUAAGCUCAACGGUUACGAUAUUGACCCCAAGACUCAUCUUCACAUUAAUAUGUGGGCCAUUGGACGAGACCCACAAUCUUGGACUGACCCAGAAGAGUUCUUUCCUGAGAGGUUUAUAGGAAGCAAUAUCAAUUACAAAGGACAGCACUUUGAGUUCUUACCUUUCGGAGGCGGCCGAAGAAUAUGUCCUGGGAUGAACAUGGGUAUCCUUAUGAUGGAGUUGGCACUGGCUAACUUGUUGUUUUGCUUUGAUUGGAAACUCCCGAAUGGAAUGAAGGAAGAAGAUGUAGAUAUGGAAGAGGAUGGUGGUCUUACGGUUACCAAGAAAUCACUUCUUAAGCUUAUUCCAGUCCUUUCGACUAAUUUUAAUUUUUAA